AUGACCUCAUCCGGUGGGCUGGAUGCGGGCCGCGUCGUCGUCGUCGGCGUUGGCGGCGCGACCAACUCGGGCAAGACGACGCUGGCCAAGCGGCUCCUGUCGAUGCUGCCUGCUGGGCGGGGCAUCAUGGUGCACCAGGACGACUUUGCGCUGCCCGAGUCGGAGCUGCCGUGGAACGAGAAGGCCCAGGCACGGGAUUGGGACCACCCCGUCGGGACGAUUGACUAUGAGAGGCUCGAUCGGACGGUCCAAUACAUCGAGGCGCACCGAUCACUGCCGCCGGACCACGCCUCGCACGACCACCUCAACGCCUCCUCAACGGCGCCCCCCCUCUCGCCUGCGUCGCGCGGCGACGGCGGGCCGCUGGCCUCGCGCCUCGCUGCGCUCCUCGCCGCAGACGACGGCCUGACGCUCGCCAUCCUCGACGGCUUUCUCCUCUACUUUUCGCCCCGCGUGCAUGCGCACAUUGACGUCCGCCUCUUUCUGCGCGUGCCGCGUCACACCCUCGAGGAGCGGCGGCAUAGACGCGAAGGCUAUGCGACGGCAGAGGGCACCGUGUGGCAGGACCCGCCGGGCUACUUUGACGACGUCGUGUGGCCCGCCUACGUGCUUGCGCACGAGCAAAUGUUCAGCGGGCAAGACGUGGAGUGCGGAGACGUGGUCAAGGUCGACAAGGACAGCAACGAGCAGGGCGCGCCUAUUAGCAACCUGAUCCUCCUAGAGGCAGAU